UCCCGAUCGUCCUUGAAGGCAGCAGUUGAUGAGGAAGGCACCCUGGCAACGCUGUCACAAAGCUAACGUUAACGGUAUCCGUGUACUCUCCAGCCUCUGCUUUGUCAACAUGCACUUAAAUGGUAAUCUAGGUUAUCUACCAUUUAAUCUUCACUUCGCAGCUUCCUCAAAAGCUUGUUAACAAAUGUGUAAUGGAAUUUCUUUUUAACGAGCCAAGCUAGCCUAGCUAGCAGACUUUUUCUUCGUCGUAGCUACAAUCAAUUGGACCAGCUAACCAGAACGAGUUGUUGUUAGCGUUAGCUUGAGCUAGCUCGGUGAAUAUGGCGAUUGUCUCAGGCUCCUGUGCCAGGGUAAACGGCUCAAGAAAUGGGCCCUCUGUGUCAGCGACGCCGUCUGGAUCCGUUGGACAAUCUCAGCCCAUGAUAGCGGUGUGGGAAUGGCAGGAUGACUUGGGCUAUUGGCGGCCUUACAGCGGCCAAGUGAGCGCCUACAUCGAGCGGUGCCUGUCACCGCGGGGACAUAGAGGAGGGGGACCCGGCUCAACGAGCAUCUGCCUCGGACAAUCAGACCCCAGCCUGUCGCCUUAUCUCAUCGACAUACCAAGCUUGAAACAGUUUCGGCAGGACACAGGAAAGACACGGUCAGUACGUCGGUCCCUGUUCGCCCAGUCCUCAGGCCUCGGCAGUGGUGUUUACUGGGAAUGGGCCAACGAUGAAGGCGGAUGGACUCCAUAUGAAACUCGAACCUCUAUCCUUUUGGAGCACAGCUACCAGGCCCGACAAGGCACGGCAGACCUGGGCCCUCACGGAUACAAUUACAUAGUGGAUCUCACAUCUCUCGCCCAAGUGAACAAAUCCUCUGGCUUCAGGCGGCAGGUGCGACGGCAGUGUAACCUACCCUACCCGCUCGCUUCCUUCGGCCCCCCGGCCAUCCCCUCAGGCCCAGCCUGCUCCUGCCAGCAGUGUUUGAGCCACAGCAGCACAGGGCCCAUGCCCAGCCGUUCACGACACUCCUUUUCGUCAGGCAGUCUGAACCGGCCCAGCCUUCAAGGGACAGGGAGGGCUGCAGCCGCUCACCCUACUUCUGUGUACUCGCCGUACCCCAGGAGACCUCUCUCUGUUGGGGGCAUGUCCUGGGGCAGCCCUUGGCCACCACCCACCUCUGGUAGUCAACUGUCUGCACCACUUCUGACCGGCUCUACCAGUGCCAAUGGUUUAAGUGUUCCUUCCAUCUCUGUGCAGCUGAAUGGAUCCACCAGCGUGAGCUCUGCCCUGGCAGGCAUGGCCUCCAUUUUGAUGUCAGCAGUUGGACUCGGCGUGCACUUCACCACUGCCCCCCUCCCUCAGCAGCAGCAGCAGCUACAGCAGCAGCAGCAGCAGCAGCAGCAGCAGCCUGCUCCUUUCUCUCUUCCUCCUCCUCUCCUCCCCUCAGCAAGCAGGCCCAGCAAGCCCCACAGCAGCAGCAGCAGCAGCAGCAGCAGCAGUUCAGUUAGGAGAGCAAAGAGGCAGCACAGGAGAGCCUCUUCUCAGAGACCUGAGGACGUGAUUCAGCGCUAUAUGGAAGUAGUGGCCGGAGUGCCAGAUGAGGACUGUAUUAUCUGCAUGGAUCAACUGUCCAAUCCAUCCGGCUACGAGACGCCGUCAACAGAUGAGGGAGGCCAGAGCAUCCUGCCAGACACUGUGGGGAAAUUCAUCAAAUGCGGACACACCCUGCACAUGCUCUGUAUGCUGGCCAUGUACAACAACGGAACAAAGGAUGGCAGUCUGCAGUGCCCCUCGUGUAAGACAAUCUACGGAGAGAAGACCGGCACCCAGCCCAAAGGCAAAAUGGAAAUUUACAGUGUUGCCCAGUCUCUGCCGGGCCACCCAGACUGUGGCACCAUUCAGAUCAUCUACAGCAUACCACCUGGCAUACAGGGCCCGGAGCAUCCCAAUCCCGGACAGCCGUACACCUGUAGAGGCUUCCCUCGCUUCUGUUUUCUACCAGACAACGACAAGGGCAGGAAGGUGCUGGAGCUGCUGAAGGUGGCGUGGAUGCGCCGCCUCAUCUUCACCGUGGGAACGUCCAGCACCACCGGAGAGCCCGACACAGUGGUGUGGAACGGGAUCCACCACAAAACCGAGAUGAUGUCCAACCUGUCGGGCCACGGCUACCCCGACCCCAACUAUUUGGACAAUGUUCUGUCUGAGCUGGCCUCUCAGGGCGUGACAGAGGACUGCCUCAAACCUCCAGGUGGUGGCGUCGGCGGCAGUAGCAGCAGCAGCUAGGUCACAGUUCUGAGCUUCACACACUUCCACUCACUGCUGACCGCUGAAUUAACCCUUCAACAUCCACCUCUUUGCCAGCUGGACUUCCUGCAACCUCCGUCUGUUAUUAAGUUCAUGUCAGCAUCCGCCUAAAUCUCAAUGAGUGAGCGAAGGGGAGAAGUGAGUCGAGUAAAGGUUUCUCUGGAAGGGUUCCUCUACAUUCCUGCUCAUCAUGUUCUUCCAGGAAACUGAACCAAGAGGAAAAUGUGGCUCCUGUUACUCUAAAGCCCCUUUCACACAUGCACUGCAACCCAGAAGUUAUCCGGACAUUACGUGGAGGAGCUGUACAUGUGAACGCUAAUGUCCGAAUCAGUCGGACCGGACAUUAAGCGGACUUUACCCUGACAGCUCCCUAGUACAAAGUCUGUGUAAUGUCUGAUUGAGUCCAUAUGUGAAUACAGCAGGUCAUUUUUCCAGAGAAUUCACAGUGAGCAGGCGGGCGUGUCGAUGAUGUUUGUAUCAUGCGACUGGCACGAAACCGGAACAAUACAAACAUCCGAGGGUGAAGAAAAAGGGUCAUUUACACAAAGACGUAAUGUCGUAAAAUGUCGAACUGGAGAGUCGAUGUGAUUUGGGGCCGACGUCGAAAUCGUCAGUGAAAGGCAAGAGAUUUAUGACCAAAUUACGAACCGGCUAUGUGGCCGUGUGUACUUUUUGUGUUAGGUCCUGCCCCCUGCACGCUUUACCCUGCCACCACCCCUCGCCUAAACCAAACUGGAGUAUUUCCAGUAGGUGAGAACACAUCUGACACGGAAAAUCUCCUGUUUCGUGUGCUGCAUGUGUGAAAAGGGCAACUCCGGACAACGUCCAGACCCGAUCCUCCGGACGUUGUCCGGAGUUCAUAUGAGAAAACAGCUUAAGCCUCUUUUAUCAAACCUCCACAAACUGGAGACUGUGUUUUUGUUUUUGUUUUUUUCUGUUUUUCCAUCAAGAGACUCAUCCGUAUCCCCUUGUCCAGUUACCAUGAGAAUGGCAGCUUUCACUGGGGGAUGAAAAUCUCAUGAAGCACUUUAGUUCUGACGGUGCAUUUAGCUAACAUGAUGUGUGAUUUCCGGUAAAGGGCAGUUUACUUGUUUUCAAAUUGGGAAGUUAUGCAAUUAAAGUGUUUCUGCUGCAAAAAUGUUUGUGUUUAGCACAAAGACACACUGAAACUUCUAGUAGCAAAGUGAUAUUAGCCCUUUUUGAUGAGAAGAGGCAAAACUUUACUGUUGUAAAUAAAUAAAAAAAACAUGAAUGAAACAAAAAUGAUGUUUAAAAAAAAAAUGAAACAGGUUGUGUCCACAAAUGCCAGUCGAGGAGAAUAAAGUUGUGUAUUUUUUAACAUUUAACACUACUUCUAAUUUGACCAUCUAUUGUUAUAUUUUAACCUGAUUUGAUAAGCAGAUGUCUAAUGCACUCACAUGGUGAUUUUUUUUUUUUUUUAAUGUUUUGUUUUAUGCCUCAGGGCCUUCUGUAGGCGUCGUCUCUGACAUUUAAUACGUUACAGUUUGUGUACGUGAGAAGGAACAAAUCGUAUAUAGCUUGACGACCUCAAUCCUUUUGUCCGCACAGAUGGGACGAACUGCCGGAUAUAAAAUAAACGAAAAGAGGAAAAAAAAAAAAAAAAAAAAGCUCUGGUUAAGAAAAUUCUACAUUGUGACAAUCAAGGUCAUCCAACUCGUCUUGAUUAAACAAGACACGUGAAGCUGCGGCGAGCAUGUUAAUGUUCCCGCUGGCUGCGAACUCACCUCCUGUAUUCACAUGCAUUAUUCUGCUCACAGUACUGCAGCACAGUUGCCGAACUGAGUCUUGACAUGUAUACGAGCAAAACUGAAAAGAAAAAAAAAAAAAGUCUGCAAUAAAGAACUAAUGUAAAAUGAA